AUGUCAAGAAUCAUAGAAGAAUGUAAUAAUGAUAAAGAAGCAGUAAGUAAAACACGGAAUGAAUUAAUUGAUAAAAUCAUUUCAAUUGAAGAAAUGAAAAUGAAAAACAAAAUAUUCAGAAAACCAGAAGAGACAGAAAUAAUUACAGCAGAAUUCAAUAAGAAUAAAGAAGAAUGGCAAACAUAUUACAGUGAUUAUUUCUUGAGAAAGAAGAGAAAAGAAGAGGAAUUAAGUACUACAGAAGUUGAACGAAAUGUUCCAAUUGAAGGAAGUAUAAGAUUGACAAGUUAUGAAAAAGGAAAGUUGAAAAUAUAUUUAUAUCCAAAUCAACAGUUUAAUCAAAAAGAUGAGAAUGAUGCAAUUGCUAUUUUGGUUGUUGGUGAAACAGGAAGUGGAAAAACUACAUUAUUGAAUAGUUUUGUAAAUGGAUUAUACGGGAUAAGAAUAACAGAUGACUUUAGAUAUAUAAUUAUAAAUGAAGGUGAUUUAAAACAGUAUGGAGAUCAAUCUAUAAGUCAAAGAAGUCAAGUAACAUUUUUUAAUAUUAAAAGAACAAAAAGAACACCACCAAUCAAAAUAAUAGAUACACCAGGAUUUGGAGAUACAAGAGGAAUUGAAUGGGAUAAAGAAAUUAUUAAACAAAUAGAAGAAACAAUUGAAACAAAAGUAUCAGAUUUAAAUGCUAUUUGUUUUGUUGCACCAUCAAGUCAUGUAAAAUUAACAGCAAGUCAAAAAUAUGUAUUUGGGAAUAUUAUUAAUUUAUUUGGGAAAGAUGUUAAAAAGAAUUUUAUUGCAAUGCUUACAUUCUGUGACGGUGAAACACCACAAGUUAUAAAUGCAUUACAAUCAAAAGAAUGCAUUUUCAGUACAAUUAUUCCAGAAAUAGACUCACCAUGGUAUUUAAAAUUUAAUAAUGCAGCUAUUUAUGAUGAUAAUACAGAAGAUAUAUUUAAACAAAUGUUUUGGGAAUUAAGUAUGAAGAGUUUUGAUGACUUUAUAACAAAAUUAGUAACAUUACCAAGAAUAUCAUUAGAGAAAUCGAAAGAAGUGUUAAGGAAAAGAAGGCAAAUAAAAACUCAACUUGAAGGAAUAAGAACAUCAUUAAACAAUGGUUUAUCAAAAAUGAAUGAAAUAAAACAGAUAUAUGAACAAUUGUAUUUGAAUCGAGAUAAAGUUAAAAAUAAUGAAAAUUUUAUUAUUACUGUAGAUAAAACAAAACAAAUUAAAGUUGACUUAAAGUCAGGAGAAUCUGCAACGAAUUGUUUGAAAUGUCAUAAAACAUGUCAUUAUCCAUGUCAUGUUCCAUCUUUAAUUUCAUAUUUUACAAAUAAACUUUGUACAUGCAUUGGUGAUAAUGGAAAUUGUAAAGUAUGUGGUUGUAAUUCAUCACAUCAUGCAAAUGAAUCAUAUAGAUUUGAUUAUGUAAUUGAGAAAAAACAACAAAAAGCAAAAGAAGAAUUUGAAAGAUAUAAUGAAGGUAAAAAAGGU